UUCUCUCCAGUCGGUGGUGGACAGUCAGGAGACGAACAAACCUUGCGCUUGUUGAAGAGCCUGUGAACGGCAAAUCGCCCACAACUGACACGCUGUUUGUUCUCAGUGGAUGUGUUUCUCCUCAUGUAACGGUCGGGCCCAUCAUAGGUCGCACAGUAAAGGAAAACAGUCAGAGGGUCGACCAACACUCGUCAGUCUGACAGAGCAGCUAACGAUAGCGGUGUUUCACUAGCCUGCUAACACUACACGAAGUUGGCUUGUAGGUUGCCUUGCAGAUGCUAGUUAGCUGGUCUUGCUAACGUGCUAGCGCCCGAUAGUUGGGUGCAAACACUGAGUGCUGCUGGUGGGAAACGAAGAAGGAAGGUUUAACCUCAUCGGACCCUGCAGCGUUAGCUUCAUCAAGCUCCAAAGGAUAUCUCGGUUUGGAUACACGACCAACAGGAAUCUCCGGAGAGGCCUGCUGUCUUUUUCAUUUCCACUUUUAUCAGCCUCCCACCUUGCACCUUCGUUGCCACUGGCUCAGUCGGGGGCUCAGCAUCACUUCAAAGGGAAGGUCUGCAGAGCAGCAGAUAACACGCUGUAUCCCCAAGCAGCAGCAAGCUUUUCCAGAGCCCCUACGCAGUCCCUCGACUGACAGAAAGAAUCAACCCUUAGAGUGGGACCUGGAGUGAAGAAAACCAAUUGUGGCCUGAACAAAGACAGACAGAGAGGAACUAAUGUCAAGCCCUUCUCCUCCUCAGACAGCCUAGCGAAGGUUCAGGAGGUAGCAAGCUGGCUUUUGGAAAUGAACCAGGAUCUGCUGUCGGGGGGCAGCAGCAGCAGGCGGAGUCGGGGGCCGGGGGGUCCGGCAGUGCGAGGUAACGCCUCCUCCACGGCCCGGGCACCUCAGCAGGCGGCAGAGGAGGGGGAUGAGGAUGAGCACAUGAACCGGGUAGUAGAGGAGGAAGAGAGAAGAGCGUCGCAGGUUGAUGGAGAGAGAGAACAACCAUGGGCGGCGAGUGAAUCGGGAGCCAGCAACGGCCCUCGGGGAGAGGAGGAAGGGGAGGAAGACGAAGAGGGCCCUCCAAAUGAAGUGAACGGAGGAGAGAAAGGAGCACGAUGGGUGUGGGGGCCAGAGCAGAGGCGGCAGCGAGGCGAGGAGGAGGAGGAGGAGGAUGAGGGAGAGGAGGAGAACAACAACAGCAGCAGUCAUCAAGAGGAGGAGGAGGCGGAGGAGAGGACAGAGGGAGGGGAGGAGCAGGGAAGGGAGGAAGAGGAGAGGGAAGAGGGCGAGGAGGAAGAGGAGGAAGAUGAGGACGAGGAAGAGAUGGACCAAGACAGUGAUGACUUUGAACAUUCUGCAGAUAGUGGGAGAGAGGAGGAAGAGGAGGAGGAGGAGGAUGAGGAAGGGCUGCGGUCUCCCUCUCUCAGGAACAAUGUGUCUGCCCCCAAUAACAACCUGGACUCCAGUUGUACACACCAAAGCUCUUCCAACAAGAAGAACCAACUGUUUUCCAUCCCCAAAACCUUGAAAGCGCUUCAGAUGAAGAGAAAGUUGGACCAUGGCCCUGAGGUCCGGUCUUUCCCUUCAGGAAAAAAGCCCUGCAAAGGUCCAGAGUAUCCAAGCCCGACAGGAAUUGUCCCUUGUCCAGCCACACCCACCACAUUUGGCCACAUUAGAACAGCCAAUGGUCAGGGGCAGCAGAGACGGCGCAUCACCUCAAUCCAGCCACCCACGGGUCUCCAGGAAUGGCUCCGAACAUUUCAGAGCUGGACUGGCCCAGAGAAGCUGCUGGCGCUGGAUGAGUUGAUUGACAGCUGUGAGCCCACACAAGUCAAGCAUAUGAUGCAGGUGAUCGAGCCUCAGUUUCAGCGAGACUUCAUCUCCCUGCUCCCCAAAGAGCUGGCUUUGUAUGUGCUGUCAUUCCUGGAACCGAAGGACCUCCUCCAAGCAGCCCAGACGUGUCGCUACUGGCGCAUCCUGGCAGAAGACAACCUGCUGUGGAGGGAGAAGUGCAGGGAAGAAGGCAUCGAUGAGCCUCUACCCCCCAAGAAGAGGAAAAUCGUCAAGCCUGGCUUCACUCACAGCCCCUGGAAGAGUGCCUACAUCAGGCAGCACAGAAUAGACACAAACUGGAGGAGAGGGGACCUCAAAUCACCCAAGGUGCUGAAAGGUCAUGAUGACCACGUGAUCACCUGCCUCCAAUUCUGUGGCAACCGCAUUGUCAGCGGCUCAGACGACAACACGCUGAAAGUCUGGUCGGCCAUCACAGGAAAGUGUCUGCGCACGUUGGUGGGCCACACAGGGGGCGUGUGGUCAUCCCAGAUGAGAGACAAUAUUAUUAUCAGCGGCUCCACUGAUCGCACACUCAAGGUCUGGAACGCAGAGACAGGAGAAUGUAUCCACACCCUCUACGGGCAUACCUCAACAGUGCGCUGCAUGCACCUACAUGAGAAAAGGGUGGUCAGUGGCUCUCGUGACGCCACGCUGCGCGUCUGGGACAUUGAGACAGGUCAGUGUUUACACGUCCUCAUGGGCCACGUGGCCGCGGUGCGCUGCGUCCAGUACGACGGGCGACGGGUGGUCAGCGGUGCCUACGACUUCAUGGUCAAAGUGUGGGACCCCGAGACGGAGACCUGCCUCCACACACUGCAGGGCCACACCAACAGAGUGUACUCAUUACAGUUUGAUGGGAUCCACGUGGUGAGCGGCUCAUUGGACACGUCUAUAAGGGUUUGGGACGUGGAGACGGGCAACUGCAUCCACACACUAACGGGGCAUCAGUCCCUCACCAGCGGCAUGGAGCUCAAAGACAACAUCCUGGUCUCAGGCAACGCAGACUCCACAGUCAAGAUCUGGGACAUCAAGACGGGCCAGUGCCUGCAAACGCUGCAAGGUCCACACAAGCACCAGAGCGCCGUGACGUGCCUCCAGUUCAACAAGAACUUUGUCAUCACCAGCUCGGACGAUGGCACAGUUAAACUGUGGGACCUGAAGACGGGAGAGUUCAUCCGAAACCUGGUGACCCUGGAGAGCGGCGGCAGCGGCGGUGUGGUGUGGCGCAUCCGGGCCUCCAACACAAAGCUGGUGUGCGCCGUGGGCAGCCGCAACGGCACAGAGGAGACCAAGCUGCUGGUUCUGGACUUUGACGUGGACAUGAAGUGAGAAGGGACGUGGUGGGGAAAGACGAAGAGAGUGAACCGCGGAGAGGAAGGAAUAGAGAGGGAAUGGGAGAUGAGGCACCUAGAAACCGGAGGGCCGAAGCCCAGAACUCUUCACCCAAACUCGCAAAAUCUACAACCACCACCACCACCAGUGGGCUGUCCUUUCCUCUACCAUUAUCUACCCCGUCCCUCUUUGGGCAAAUGUUACAGACAGAGCCACAGACCCUCACAUGUGUUCAGCCACUGCUUUUAAACCCCUACCACCAGUACGAGGUGCAGUCAUAGGGGAUCGGGCUGGAAACGAGGCAGGGGGGCACGACCGGUCUGUCCCCUGAUUGGUUGUGUGAAAGAAGAGAGGAAGAAAGAAAUGACGACUGAACUCUUUUGAAGUGACUCUCAACCCUUUUCGGUUUGGGGUCAGCUUCGCAUAGAGACUUGGUUUCGCUCAAGCCUGACAGAUUUUGAGAUGUACAGAGAUAAUAUUUUUUAAAGACCCCACCCCCCCUUUCCCCACACACACAACCCCUCCUCCCAUUGGUGCGCGCCCACACUUACAUACGCUCGAAUGGCCAACCGGAAAGUGGAAAAGAUUGAGGUGGUAGACAUUUAAAGCUAAAUUUCCGCACACAGUUACACCUUUACACGUAAAGAGCUGCUUGUUUUAGAGGAGAGAAAGCGAUUGGAGGGUUCAGCCUGCAAUCAGGCUCGUUUCUUGUCACUCCAUUUAUGUUCUUAUUGUUCUCCACUGGGUUUCAGUAGCUUGAUUUCUUUACAGUAUCGCACACAAACACAACUGUGAAUUUCAAAACACUUUUGGGUUUAACAUAUGAAAGGGGGUUCUCUCUAUUUUUUUUUUUUUUUUUCUUUUUUCCUCACGGUUGCCAAAAGCAACAAAUCCCAGUAUUAGAAAGCUGCACUGUUUAGGUUUGCUGUCAUAAUGUCACAAGGGUUUGUUCAUCUUUAUUUGAGUUGUUUGUUCUUCCUUUCCGUUUUCUACAUACCUUGGUUUGGAGCUCCGUCUCCACAUAGACAUCAAUGCUGUCCAGAAGUUUUUAAGAGUCUAGCUGGGGGUGGUUUCCUCAAUGCCGGUGCUGUGACGAGAGGAAGUAAAGGUUCUUUGCUCUAAGCGCUGUGGAUUAAUGCCCUUGAACCCCCCAGCCCUUUCCCCCCAGUGGCCAAACUGUAUUUAUGCUGCUAGACGAAUGGAAAAGAAAAAGAGAGGGAACUUUUACUUGCUGCGACGUUUUAGUCCCAGGCAAAAUUCCAAAUUGAACUGUACGCGUUUUGGACAAAAGAUGACAAAAAGUAACAUCCGACAUUUGUUUUUUUGUUUUGUUUUUGCCACUGAAACUUGAGCCAAACGUGCCUCUACGAGGCUGAGAGGAAGGAGCGUGUCCGACAGAUACUGACGGGAUCGCCUGCAGAGAGGAAACACGGGGAUGUACACUGUUGGCGUGUGUGCGUGCGUGCAUGAGUGCGUGUUAAUGGGCAACUUGUAAACACAUUCCUUGGGACAAAGCUCUUUCAGCCUGUUCUUUGGGGAAAUGUACAAACGCUGUGUGGACUGGCAAAGAAAAAAAACCUAGCAGAUGUAUCGGUUUUAACACGUGAAUGAAAGAACUGUCCGUAUCCGUGUGUGAUUGUUGUUCCAUUCAAAGAUGUCUGAAGCGACAGAGGAGACCAUCACAAGCAUCAACUGACAGGUCGAGCUGCAAGGAGUCUUAGUGUUACAUGUGUUGCAUUUGAAAUCAGCGGGGCAGCCGCAGCCUCGUGGAUUAUCAGCGGGGGGAAAAUAAAAACACAAAGGCAACAAACAUGAACGGAAACAUUGUAGCCAAACAAAAAUCGUCUCAAACUCCAAGAGUCACAACUCAAGCUGAACUGUGAAAGUGGUAUAACACUGUAUAUUAAAAAAGAAAAAAAGAAAACAAUCUUGCUCUAUCUCCUCUCGUUGUUUUCUCCCUCUGUUUUAAUUUAUGAUCUGGUUUGAGAAAUCAGAUUUGUUGCAGGUGUUUUAUUUUUUCAGUUUAUGUAAACUGCCUGGCAAAAAAGAAAACAGACAGAAAAAAACCUUUAAAGGGAUUGUGUAUUUGUUUGAUUCACUUAGAAUUUUAUUUUCUUAUAACUUAAGUGCAAUAAAAAUGUGGGUUUUUCUUUUUUCAUUUCAAGCAUAUCAGUUGUCUGUUUUUGUUACCUUUGUGAAGGCAUCUUAUAUGUUCAAUAAAGCAAAUUAUUUGGUUAAUUACA